AGAAGGAGGGAGGGAGGGAGAGAGGAAGGAAGGAAGGUAGGCAGGCAGGCGAGGGUAGGGAAGGAUCGCGAGCGAGCGGGUGGGUGGAGAAAGCGGAGCCUCCGAGGCGAGCAGGGUUCCCACAAUAGCAUUCACAUCGUGAGCCCGAGGCGCUCCCGCGAUCUCUUGAAUGCCGGAGAGAGCAAUGCGGAAAGGUGGAAAAUGGCAGAGCUGCAAAUGUUACUAGAAGAGGAAAUCCCUUCGGGCAAGCGGGCUUUGGUGGAGAGCUACCAGAACCUCACCAGGGUUGCGGACUACUGUGAAAGCAACUACAUCCAGGCUCCAGACAAAAGGAAAGCAUUAGAAGAGACCAAAGCAUACACAACCCAAUCUUUAGCCAGUGUUGCUUACCAGAUCAAUGCAUUGGCCAACAAUGUGCUCCAACUAUUGGAUAUUCAAGCCUCCCAACUCCGGAGAAUGGAAUCCUCUAUUAAUCAUAUUUCACAGACAGUGGACAUACAUAAAGAAAAAGUUGCCCGCAGAGAAAUUGGCAUUUUGACAACCAAUAAGAAUACUUCCAGAACACACAAAAUUAUAGCUCCAGCAAACAUGGAGCGUCCUGUAAGGUAUAUUCGAAAACCGAUAGACUACACAGUAUUGGAUGAUGUAGGCCAUGGUGUGAAGUGGCUAAAAGCCAAGCAUGGAAGCAAUCAGCCUGCAAGAACUGGCACUUUGUCGAGAACAAAUCCUCCUACACAGAAGCCACCAAGUCCUCCUAUGUCAGGCCGAGGAACUCUCGGGCGGAACACUCCCUAUAAAACAUUGGAGCCUGUCAAACCACCCACAGUCCCCAACGAUUACAUGACCAGUCCAGCGAGACUUGGGAGUCAGCACAGUCCUGGAAGGACUGCUUCCUUGAACCAGAGGCCGAGGACACACAGUGGUAGCAGUGGAGGAAGUGGCAGUCGAGAAAACAGUGGGAGCAGCGGAAUUGGCAUACCCAUUGCAGUGCCUACACCCUCACCACCAACUAUUGGCCAAGCUGUUCCUGGGUCAGCUCCUGGUUCCCAGUAUGGCACAAUGACCAGGCAGAUUUCCCGACACAACUCUACCACUUCUUCAGCCUCUUCUGCUGGAUUUAGGAGGAAUCCUUCUGUGACUGCUCCAUUUUCUGCUCAACCUCAUAUUAAUGGCGGGCCUCUCUAUUCUCAAAACUCAAUUUCUAUUGCUCCACCCCCUCCCCCAAUGCCUCAGUUGACUCCACAGAUACCUCUCACAGGCUUCGUGGCCAGGGUGCAAGAAAACAUUGCUGACAGUCCAACUCCACCUCCACCACCACCUCCGGAUGAGAUGCCCAUGUUUGAUGACUCCCCACCACCUCCACCACCACCACCAGUGGAUUAUGAGGAUGAGGAGGCUGCUGUAGUGCAGUACAAUGAUCCUUAUGCUGAUGGUGAUCCAGCCUGGGCACCUAAAACUUAUAUUGAGAAAGUUGUUGCCAUAUAUGACUACACAAAGGACAAGGACGAUGAGCUAUCAUUCAUGGAGGGAGCAAUCAUUUAUGUGAUAAAGAAGAAUGAUGAUGGUUGGUAUGAAGGUGUAUGCAACAGAGUGACUGGCCUGUUUCCUGGAAAUUAUGUCGAAUCAAUCAUGCACUAUGCAGAUUAAUUCUUUUUUUGGGCCAGGCUUUGCCUUCAGUCAUGCCAUAAUGAUCUACAAAGGGUAAAUUAACACUUGUCUUAAUGCUCCUUAAAAUGUGCACAUCCUUUCCAGGCCAUACUGUUUAAAUGGCAUGAUUGAAUGUUCAUCUGUAAGCAUCUGUUUCUGGAGUUUGUAAAAUGAACAAAUGUUUUAGGGGUGUGCAGAAUGGAAUGGUUUGUUCUCAGAAGUUCGGUAUUUUCCCCAGAAUGGCCCAGUCUGAACAUUCCAGUGAAGUUUGUGUUUCCAGAAGUCUUUUUUGGCGGGGGGGAUCAGGAAGAGAAUCAGGGUGUUCAAAACACCUUUUGCUUCUAAAACGCGAGUUCUACAAACCAGUUCGUGUUCUGGAAAAUACACUUCCAGAAACAUACAACCACAGGAUGAUUGGAUUGUCCCAUUUCAGAGGGAGAAACAGAACAUUCCAAGAAAAAACUAUUCUGUUUUGCAAAUAACUGAACUGUUUAUUACUGAUUAUGCUUAUUUACCUAUGCGUUGUUUUCUACGACCAGCCUAAAUAUUCUGGGGAAGUAGGGUAUAAACUAUUUAAUGACUCAAGAUUCAAAUCGUGCCAUUGUUUUCUUUUCUCAGUGCAGCAGCGUGAUAAACUAACAACUGUUAGACUAACUUUAAAUCUGGUUGAAAAGUUUAAUAAUGCUGGUCAUUUACCUUUAUUUAGACUAUUGCUCAUCCUCAAAAUAUAGUAUUUGUUUAAAAGCAUGCAUAAAAAACUUAUGUAUUGAAUUACACUUUCUUCUGAAAAUCCAAGAUGCUUCCAAUUUGUUGUAAUCUUUUACUGGAGUACUUUCACUAAGAGUCUAUUCCAGUGAGUCCUUUGAGUCUCUUAUCGAAUAUGUCCAUGUGAAUCAAAGAUGGGUGGUCUUAUGAUGUGUGUGUAAUUUGUACCUGAGUUUUUAAUGAGUAAAAUUGCAUUGACUUUUCCAUUCAUAAAUACAUAAAUGAACCAAA